GACAAUGUGGUAUGGAGUUCUGACUAUUAAAUCAAAGCAAAAAUUGGGUGGUUCAUGUAGCUAGUGCAAUUGUAGUUAAGACACAAAGGAAACUGGAUAAUAUAUAUUUAUCAAAAGUUCAACAAAAAGCAUUGGUUGUCACGUUACAUUCUUAAUUUCAGUUGUUACAAUCAAGGAGACAUUUUAGACAACCUCCAGCGAGUAAAAAUGUGUAAUAUAAGAUUUUUUUUUUUUUUUUUGCAAAUUUUUAAAUGUUGAGACAUGAAUAUGAGUAGGUGUGGACAUGGAUGCAUAUACUGUAUAUGUACACAUGGGAAUGCCAUUGUUUUAAUUGUUUUAUACCUUUCUUUUUUUAUUUUUUCAAAAUAUAUAUUGUUAUGUUGUGUUGGUGUCCUUGUGUAUGGUGUAUAGUAAAGCUAAAAGCAAAUUUCCACUUGUGGACAAGUCUAAAGUUUAUACUGCAUAACCCGAUCACUAAAAGGGGGUGGGGUUUGGAGGUAUGUGUGUUGGAGGGAAGUUCAGUGAUUGGCUUGAAAUCUUAUCAGACUAUCAACCAAUGGGCGACUAGAACGUUCGCUUAAAGGCAGCACCUCGAAACUUAGGUUUUCCAUUCUUUCUCAGCGUUGUUUGAAGAAACAGGUAUAUCUAAAAGUAAAAAUGAGCGGUAGAGGCAAAACCGGAGGCAAAGCAAGAGCCAAGGCUAAGACUCGCUCAUCCAGGGCAGGACUCCAGUUUCCCGUCGGCCGUGUUCACAGGCUUCUCCGCAAAGGCAACUACGCCGAGCGCGUCGGUGCUGGUGCUCCUGUUUAUCUGGCGGCUGUGCUCGAGUAUCUUACCGCUGAGAUCUUGGAGUUGGCUGGAAAUGCCGCUCGGGACAACAAGAAAACCCGUAUCAUCCCCCGUCAUCUGCAGCUGGCGGUGCGCAACGACGAAGAGUUGAACAAACUUCUGGGCGGAGUGACCAUCGCUCAGGGCGGUGUGCUGCCCAACAUCCAGGCUGUGCUGCUGCCCAAGAAGACCGAGAAACCCGCCAAAUCCAAAUAAGCGGACUCAAAUGUCUUAUUGAAACCCAAAGGCUCUUUUAAGAGCCACCCAUUUUAUCUGAUACAGAGCGCUUUUCUUUCACAAUUUAAUGCCAUAAACGUAAUGUG